AUGUCUCUUCAGGGAUCGAACGACAAGGAGAAGCUUGAGAGCCUCUGCAAGAAGACCUACAAGGAGCAGGCCGUGUGGUUCCUCAACGCAUUCUGGGGAACUACGAAGGACGACGCUGAGAAGUUCUGGAAGUUCGUUGCCAAGUGCAUCGAGCUCGACACCGACAAGAAGGCGGCGGGCAGCGAUCUUGAUGAGUUCCAGGCCCAUCGCUUCCUCGAGCACUUCCAGGAGUCCAUGACCGUUCAGGCCAUGAGGGACCGGCUCAGGAACACCGGUGCCAUCAGCGCCGGCCAGUUUAAGCGCGUGCCUCUGACGCACAUGCUCACCUUCAAGUACAAUGUCGACUGGCACGAGCUUGUGAACGCUGUGCAGGGAGACCAGGAGGAGAUCCGCAAGGCCCAGAAGAUGCUGGACGAGGUGAACGCCGCGUUCAGCGAGGCCGAGAGCAAGAAGGAGGAGGCCACGGCCGCCCUCCACUCAGCCAAGCAGAGGGAGGAGGAGCUCAAGGCCGCCAAGGUCGAGCUCGAGGCCGCCCUCGCCGAGCUGAAGGCUCAGGAGGACGCCUACAACCACAAGACUGAGGACCUGAAGAAGAGGAGCGAGGAGGGCGGCGUCGUGCAGCGCAACAAGGCCAAGAACGAGCUCGCCCAGCACCUGGCCGAGGACCCCUUGCCGCUGCGCAAGGCCAAGAUCACCCAGGAGGCCGCCGUCAAGAAGACCGAGCGCGCCGCCGUGGCCGCCGAGGCCGCCGCGCAGGAGGCCGCCCGUGCCAAGGAGGCCGCCGAGGCCGCCUUUGCCGAGGCCAGCAAGCGGGUGGAGGAGGCCGAGGCCUACCUCGAGAAGGCCAAGAACUCGCUCCCGCACGGCGGUGUGUGGUGGAUGGAGAGGGAGCUGCAUGAGGCCAAGGCCUACCUGCCCAAGAGCAAGGGCGGCUUCAACCCCAGGGAGAAAUAA